AUGUCUGCGGCACAGCUUCUCAACCCCAAGGCCGAGUCAAGGCGGCGGGGCGAGGCUCUCAAGGUUAAUAUCAGCGCUGGUGAGGGUCUUCAGGAUGUCCUGAAGUCCAACCUGGGACCUUUGGGCACGAUAAAGAUGCUCGUCGAUGGCGCAGGCCAGAUCAAGCUCACCAAGGAUGGCAACGUUCUCCUCCGCGAGAUGCAGAUACAGAACCCCACCGCCGUCAUGAUCGCCCGCGCCGCCACAGCCCAGGACGAUAUCUGCGGCGACGGCACCACCUCCGUCGUGCUUCUCGUCGGAGAGCUCCUGAAGCAGGCCGACCGUUACAUCAGCGAGGGUCUUCACCCCCGCAUCGUCACCGACGGCUUCGAGAUUGCCAAGAACGAGGCCCUCAAGUUCCUCGACUCGUUCAAGCUGUCGAAAGAGGUGGACCGCGAGCUGUUGCUGAAUGUUGCUCGGACGUCCCUCGCGACCAAGCUGAACGCCACCCUGGCGAACAUGCUGACCCCCGAUAUCGUCGACGCCGUGCUGGCCAUUUAUCAGGCACCUGCGAAACCCGACCUGCACAUGGUGGAGAUCAUGAAGAUGCAGCACCGCACUGCCUCCGACACACAGCUGAUCAAGGGCCUGGCGCUGGACCACGGUGCGAGGCACCCUGACAUGCCCAAGAGGGUGGAGAAUGCCUACAUCCUCACACUGAACGUCAGCCUGGAGUACGAGAAGAGCGAGAUCAACUCGGGCUUCUUCUACUCCUCUGCCGACCAGCGCGAGAAGCUGGUCGAGAGCGAGCGCCGCUUCGUGGACUCCAAGCUGAAGAAGAUUGUCGAGCUCAAAAAGGAGGUCUGCGGUAAUGACCCCAAAAAGAACUUUGUCAUCAUCAACCAGAAGGGCAUCGACCCGCUGUCGCUCGACGUCUUGGCCAAGAACGGCAUCCUCGCGCUGCGCCGGGCAAAGCGGAGAAACAUGGAGCGACUACAGCUUAUCUGCGGCGGCAUCGCACAGAACAGUGUCGAUGACCUGUCACCGGACGUGCUGGGAUGGGCAGGGCUGGUGUACGAACAGACCCUGGGCGAGGAGAAGUACACCUUCAUCGAGGAAGUCAAGGAGCCCAAGUCGGUCACCUUGCUGAUCAAGGGCCCCAAUGCACACACCAUCACGCAGGUUACAGACGCCGUGAGGGAUGGUCUUCGAAGCGUGUACAACAUGAUUGUGGACAAGAGCGUGGUGCCCGGUGGUGGCGCAUUCCAGGUCGCGUGUGCCGCCCACCUGAAGAGCGAUGCAUUUGCGAAGACAGUCAAGGGCAAGGCGAAGUGGGGUGUGGAGGCAUUUGCCGAUGCCCUGCUGGUCAUUCCCAAGACGUUGGCAGCAAAUGCCGGGCAUGACAUUCAAGAUGCACUGGCUGCCCUUCAAGACGAGCACGCUGAGGGUGCCGUCGUCGGUUUGGACCUGUCUACUGGCGAGCCCAUGGAUCCUACUCUGGAGGGUGUCUACGAUUCCUUCCGUGUCCUGCGGAACUGUAUCGCAUCCAGCUCAGGGAUCGCAUCCAACCUGCUGUUGUGCGAUGAGCUGCUCAAGGCCAGACAGAUGGGACGGCAAGGCGGCCCUGGGCCGGGCAUGGACGGGCCGGAUGAUGGGAUGUAAAGGCAUGGAUUCACGAUAGGCAUGUGUGUACAUCAAAGAGACAAGAUACCACUGUAGAGGCAUGGCGUUCAUAUCAAAUGUCCAUAACAUGAAGAAAAAAAAUGGGUCGGGGUGGUAUAUUGUCUAGAGAACCAACGUUUUACAGAGU